GAUCGUGUGUGUUGUAGACAUUUUCAAUCUAUUAGCAGCAUUAGCUUGUAUUGCAGAAGUGGCAGAAGGCAGAAGGAAUUUUAAUAAGGAAUGACAACAUUUCAUAAUGCUAACUAUGUGAGAUUACUAUUUACCUGAAAAAUCAUAUUCCCUAGUCUCUCGCUGCAUUUUUUGUGCAUUGUACAACAGCACAAUGCGAAGGCAUGCUUGAAUCAAUGAAUAACGCAAGAAACACGAUUCGUAUGCCAAAAUAUUGUGAAAAACUAUUUCAACCUUUUGAUUCCUCUGUAACCAAAUAAAAAAGUGAGGUUGUGUUUCAAUAAUUCACAGAAGAAUGAGGUUGUGUUUCAAUAUUUUGCCUCCAGGGUCGGUCUUCGUGCACGCGACCUAUAAUGUUUCGACUGGUAUUUAUGUCAAAAUGAAGUUUCAUCCUAUUUACAUUAUAUUUUUUUAUUGCAAUGCAAUCAAAAAUUCACACGAAGUUGAUUCUGCAUCAUUUCUCACCCAGAACAGAACCCGAAUAUGGUACAAAAACUUGACAGACACAGUUUCACCAGACAACCCCUACUGCAAAAUCUGCUGCAUAAUGACGUCCAAAGGCAAACUUGGAAAAGCCUGUGGAAAACACACCAUGUGCAUUUAUAACGACAAAGCAGUCGGUCCGUCCUGCAGAGGUUUUCUGGAAAUUCCUUUCAGCAAUGAAGAAAUCGAAGCGAUAGUUGAUGCCCACAACACCAUGAGAAAUAAGGUGGCUAUGGGUUUGGAGACCAGGGGAAACCCUGGACCACAACCGCCAGCAUCGAAUAUGAGGGCUGUACAAUGGGAUAAAGAAUUGGCGCUGAUCGCAGAAAGAUGGGCUGCCCAGUGCAUAUUCGCUAACGACAUUUGUCGGGACUCUAACAGAUAUCCGGUUGGCCAGAAUAUAGCCAAAGGGAGUUCAGCGUUAAAUAGUGAUUUGUCCUUCAUUAUUGAUUGGUAUAACAACGUUGAUACGUUCGCCAGAAACAAAGUCAAUAACUUUCAAGUCAAGCCCUCAAGUGCUCUUAGCCAAUACACUCAACUGAUAUGGGCUGAAACCUAUCAAAUCGGAUGUGCCAGAGUGGCGUUCCAAAGGGGAAGCGGCUCCAAUGUCACCUACAGGGAGCACUUCAUCUGCAAUUAUGGCCCGAUGGGCAAUAUCCCUCGACAUCCUGUAUACAAAAUAGGAGAACCGUGCUCUAAUUGUCCGGAUGGCACAGGCUGCACAGUGGAAUACAGGGGCCUAUGCGGCAGCGAGAAAGUUUUUGAAGUUGCUUUGGAAAAACUUACUGAAACCACCAAAGUUUUACUGAGGCAAGGAAUCAGUGGUAGAGGCAAUCAUUCUCUGAGUGUGCUGAUGUAUUUAUUUAUUUUAUACUUGUACAUUAUGAUCAGAAUCUGAUAGUGUUUAUGAUGAAAUGAGAUCAUUCAAUUUUCGAGAGACAGUCCGCAGUCGAAUGUAUGAUGUCAAAUAUUCUACAAGGUGGGCCAAAAGAAAUCAUCCGAUGUUGUUUGGCUCUCAUUUUCUUUCUAAAUGAAAAGCCUCGACUCUGUUUUUCGAUUAUGUUUAUUUGAACCUUGAGAAUUUUAUUGGUCAAGUCGAGAAGAUGAUAUCGGCCAAAUGGGCAACGCCACAAUUGAUUGCUAUACUGGCUCGUUUGAGGGCUUCCAGGGUCUCGGGCUUGUUCAAGUAAAUACAAGACUUCAAGAAAUCCUACAAAAAAAGUCUGGGACGGUUAAAUCUGGCGAUCUUGCGGGCCAGAGCAAAUCGCCGAAACGAGAAAUGAGGCGACCCGGAAACGCCACGCUCGCGCAGUGUGUGCCGUUGCUCCAUCAUGUUGGAACCACAUGUCCUCCAGUCCUAAUUCGUUCAAUUGCCACAGAAAAAACUCGGUUAACAUUGCCCUAUACCGCGCACCGUCCACUGUUGUCGGUUGACAAGCGGCGUCCUCGAAAAAAAUGGCCCGAUGACUCCUCCAGAGUAAACAGCGCACCAUGCAGUCACUUUGAGCGGAUGUAGUAGCUCCUCGUGCAUCACUCGUGGAUUUUCGGUGCCCCAGAAGCGAUAGUUCUGCUCGUUCACGUACCCGCUGAGAUGGACAUGAGCCUCAUCGCUCAUUAUGAUUUUGGUCGAAAAAUCGUCCAUGAGAUUGA